GAAAAUAUAAUUUAUAUAUUAAUAAUAAUAAUAAUAAAAAUAAUAAAAAUAAUAAUAAUAAUAAUAAUAAUAAUAAUAAUAAUAAUAAAAAUAAUAAUAAUAAUAAUAAUAAUAAGGACCUUUAAAUAAUACUCUUUUAGAUUUAUAAUUAUUUUAGAAUAUAUAA